UCGAUUCUUGAACUCAUGCCUGCACUUGGUUAGCGCAAUGUCUAGGACACUGGCGACUUUUACUUUUGUCCGACAUGGAGAGUCGACUGAUAACGUGGUCAGUGCAGCACAUCUGAGUUGCAGCUAAGUCGCAUCUGUGUGAAACGUCGUUGAAUAGCUCUCACUUUGGGCUGGAUGGCGCGACGCUACACUGACCAACCAUGCAGUCUAGCAAGCGCAGGCCGUCGCCGACGCGCUUUCCGCAACCAGAUUCACAGCUAUAUACUCCUCGCCCCUACAACGCGCUUAUAUGACUGCUCAAGAGAUCCAGAAGAAGCAGGAGGACCCCCUUUCCCUGACGACUUCUCUGCUGCUCAGGGAGCAGCACUUUGGCGAAGCAGAGGGGAAACCCUGGUCAAGGCGCGAUCCCGCGCUGACGCUUCAGCAGCAUUUCGUGGCUGGAAGGUUCCCGCAUGUCGGACGCUACGAUUCGUUUCCGCAGGGAGAAAGCUUACAAGACGUGCUGAAGCGCGCGCAGACGAUGUGGGAAGAAGAGCUCUUUCGAUUCGUGCAGGACGCGCAGGAAGCCGAGGCCAGCGCGCCCGUGCAUAUCGCCGUCGUGAGCCACGGUCUGUUUAUCAAGGAGGCGAUCCGCGCGCUGUCCAAGUACGACCCGACCUUGGACCUCUCUGCCACUCUUUCCCAGAGACUGCGCAACACCGGUUGGGUCAGAGUGGUGUUCAGCGAGAAGCCCCCAGUCGGUCUCUCCGAGCCGACAGUGCUGCAGGUGCGAGUAUCCCACUUCGAUGAGUGCAGUCACUUGUCCUCCGUGAAGAGGCAGAGAGGAGGGAUAGGACGCGAGGCAAGGGACAGUCGACAGAGGGACAUUCGUGGAUUUUUCGGACUGAAAUCUAAACCAAAAUGAUACAUAGGCUCGGGUGGGCGGGUUCUGGUCUGUGUCGUCGGCAGGAGAUAAAGGAGAGGCAGAGUCCGCACGCACCAUCGAGUGACCAUUGCACUAGCCGGACCCAUACGGCAAUAGCACCUUCUUCAAUUUGUGGGUCUGCGUCGGUGUCGAAAACACGGUGUUGCCCAGCCUGUUUAAUCGUGCUGGAGGCUUGUUUGCGUGCAAAUGCUGGCGGAAGGCUUGACCCUAUAAAGAACCCCACAAUCAGAGAACGUAACACGAGUCCAGAAUAGGGCGGACGCGUUUGAAUUUCCCGGAACCGACAGAUGACCUCCAUCGUUUCUUUGCGCCGGAGUGGGUUUUCAUCUUGUAGCCAGCCUCAACGACAGGAGUUGUAGAGAAAGACCGGAGCGACCAUAGUCUAGACGUGCAGUGUUGGAGGGCGCCAAGCAUGGUGAAGAUACCGAGGAUGAGAGUGGGAAGAACAGCAGAGCCUCCGAAAGUGUCAGAGCAUUUGGCAUCACGUGCUCCUCCAUCAGGCAGUCGACCAGAGUUGCCAAAGCUUCCACCUGCUUCCACUCGACCUCCAUAAUCUAAAUUUUCGUCAAUUAUACACACACGGUGGUGAAAGCAUGAGUGAUCCGUCUACCAGCACUCCUCAAGAAGAUGCCGACCGCAUUCGCCUGAAACGUCUGGCGAAACUCCAAGGUGCCCCCGCAGCUUCACCAUCACCCACCCCCGGCCCCAGCUCCGGCUUUUCCCCAUCGGGGAGCUCGACACCCAUCAACCCACCUCCCGCACCGGUGCAGCUUAAAUCCGCGUCGUCGUCCAAGCCGCAGACUCCGGUCGCCCCCAGCCCGGCUCCCAAACGCGUCGUCAGCCCACCGGCGGCGCUCGCGUCUCCCCCGCCCACCAAGAAGAAGGCACCCCAGAUCGUCCCUUUGAACGUAGAUGCGUGGGAGCGCGACACGAUCGGCCAGGUGCUCGGUGUCACACUUGAUCGAAAGGCGGCAGACGAAUCGGGAUACAGCGUUGUGUGGCUCAAGUCGCUGACGACCGAGCUCGAGGCCGAGGGCGUUUCUUUGGCGUUGAACGGGGACAUCAUCGAUCGCUUGUUGAUCGCGCGACUAGAGCUCGAUCCGUCCUCCAUGAGCGACGAUCUGGAUUAUCUUCCCGUACUUGCAUCUCUUCCCGCUCAACAAACGACUUUCGAGUAUCUCGUCGGGUGUUGGAAGCGACUGAACACAGCCAGGUCCACUUUGAUGAAGAAGGUGUGGAUGGCUCAUCCUCCGGUCGACGUACAAAAUGCACUCACACGUCUAGAGAAACUACGUGAGCUUGUGAUCAGCUACACGGGGCUCACUCUGCAAGAGCCGCAGAUGUUUCCUCAGCCUUCGGGCAAGGCUCUGGGCUCUCCCGAACUCGUGUCCGCAUUGCUCUCUAUAUCUGCUCUUUCUACACCGCUCUUCGGCUCGUCGUCGUCUUCUCAGAAUACCUUGACGCCGGGAGACAUCGAGGCGUUUCUGCAAGACCUUGCGCGACGCUUUGAACCAGAUGACGAGAUAGACGGAGUGCUGGGGCCUGUUGUCGAGCAACUGCUCUUUCAUGAAUCCUUGUUCCGACCAGAAGGUCUCGGCGGCGGAGAUUCUGGUUGGAGAGGAGUGGUUGGCGGUCUGGAAGCGCUCGUGUCGAUCAAAUCCAUCGCAGUCAUGAUCACUCGACUAGAGUCAUUCAACCCUGCCACAGCGACUGCUCCAACACUAGAACGGGUGUCGCUCAUGGGCCCGUUGUGCAGACUAGGUGUAUUCGUUCGCGAAUGGCCGGGCAUCGGACAAACGUAUUUCUCGGAUCCUGAAAAGAGAUCACGCGACGACAUUGAGUCGUCACAGGCCAGUCUACGCGGGACGUUGAAAAGUCUUCAGACCUCGUUGUUCCAAAUGUUCAACACGUUCGUACGAGCGUCGCCGACGUCUCGAGAAGCUGUUCUCAGUUACUUCUCGCGUAUCAUCUCGUUAAACCACCGGCGUGCUGGAAUGCAGGUCGAGCCAGACACGGUUUCGUCCGAUUCGUUCAUGGUCAACAUACAAAGCGUGCUCCUUCGUUUCGCAGAGCCGUUCAUCGAUUCGACGUACUCGAAGAUGGACAGGAUUGAUCCAUUCUACUACGCACGUUCAGACCGCAUCGACCUCAAAGAAGAGACUAGGAUUAAGGCGACCAGCGAGGAGGCAAAUGCAUGGGCGGAAGAGCAUAAGGACCCUUCUGGCGCGGCGCAAAAUUUCAUCUCCGACAUCUUCUACCUCACUGUCGCGAUGAGCCACUACGGAAUUCUUCACACAAUCUCAACAUACCGGGACCUCAACCGGCCUUACGACGAUAUGCAGCGACACUUGGACAUGCUGAGUGCCGAUAAUUCGGGCAUGGGUAAUCCCCUCCGCCAGGCGCAGUUGGACAAUGCCAUCAACACGGUCAAGGCUGAGAUGACCAAAGUUCGCGUCCUCCAGAUCACCUACGAAACACAGCUCCUGGAACCGGAACUUGUUUUCAGGUCCAUCGGCUUCACGAAUUUCUUAUCCACCUGGCUCAUCCGUCAAGCUGAUCCGAGGAAGAAACAUCCGAGCCCCACUGUCCAAAUUCCCUUGCCUCAAGAAGUUCCAAUGGAUUUCCGAGUUUUGCCAGAGUAUAUCGUGGAAGACAUUGUCGAGUAUCUUUACUUUGUGACACAGUCAGUCAUCGCUUCCGACUCACGCGACGCAGCCACGUCUAAUCGUAGGGAUAGGUCGUCGCCGGAUAAAUUCGAACUUUCGGGCAAGACGGAGCUGUUGGUCUUUGCUCUCACUUUCCUGAACUCGACUUGGUACAUCAAGAAUCCGUUCCUGAAAUCCAAGAUCAAUGAUGUGCUGUUCUUUGGUGUCUGGAACUUCAACGGGAGGGAUCGCCAUGGGAUACUCGGCAACAUGCUGAACACGAAUCAGCUGGCGUUGAAGCAUCUCAUGCCGGCAUUGACGCAUUUCUAUAUUGAGGUCGAGCAGACCGGUGCUAGCUCUCAGUUCUAUGACAAGUUCAAUGCUCGUCGCAACAUCGCACACAUCCUGAAAGUGGUGUGGGACAACCCAGCGCACAGGCAAGCUUUGAAUGACGAAGCUGCGAGCAAUGUCGACAAAUUUGUGAAAUUUGUGAACUUGAUGAUCAACGACGUGACGUAUCUCAUGGACGAGUCGCUGGGGGAGCUCAGUCAGAUCCACACCAUCCAACAGGAGAUGAGAGACCAAGCGACGUGGAACGCACAGCCGCAGCAGCAGCGGAGGGAGCGGGAAAACACGCUUCGGACGCUAGAACGACACGCAGGCGGUUACAUCUCUCUCGGCCGAAGCACAGUCGAGCUGCUCAAAGUCUUUACGUCUGAAACCAAGGCGCCGUUCAUGAUGCCGGAGAUUGUCGACCGCCUCGCAGCGAUGUUAGACUACAACUUGCACGCCUUGGUCGGACCGAAAUACCAGGACCUCCAAGUGCAAGACCCCCAGAAACUUAGAUUCAAUCCUAAGGCGCUCUUGAGCGACAUUCUCCAGGUCUUCCUGAAUCUGAGCGACCAGGACGCCUUCGUCAAAGCUGUAGCCAACGACGGCAGGAGCUACAGUGCGGAAUUAUUCGAACGAGCUGCAACUACCGCACUUCGGCGCACGCUCAAGACGGAGCAGGAAGUAGCUCAGCUGCGGGCCUUUGUCGCCAAGGUCGAAGUGUGUCGGUUGAACAUGGAGGCAGAGGAAGAUCUGGGUGAAGUCCCAGACGAGUUCCUGGAUCCUCUGAUGUUCACCGUCAUGCGCGAUCCUGUGAUAUUGCCCAGCUCUCGUGCUGUUAUCGACCGGUCUACCAUCAAGUCGCAUCUGCUUUCUGACUCCAAAGAUCCUUUCAAUCGGGUUGCGUUGUCGAUAGAAGAUGUGAUUCCUGAUGCUGUACUCAAAGCGCGCAUCGACAAGUUCUUGGUCGAGCGAAGGGCCAAGUUGGCUCAGGAACGAAUGGACACUUCCUAGAGAUCUGUAUAUUCACAUAAUGUAACAUCCAAAUGAGAAUUUGACACUGUAGCAUUACUCCCUCCACUACAUAACAGUGCAGUCGCCGUCGUCUGUCUUCUCUUGCUCUAAUGCAGUCAAAAUCCGUUUCUCCUCCUCGCUGAGCAGCCCUUUCUUCGCUCGCUCUUGCAUAGCUUUGCGCCGGCUUUCCCGCUCUGCCCUGGCACGACUAUAAAUACAUGUUGAAGAUACGAUUAGAUGGUGUGGGAUAACGUAGAAUGAAUGAGAUAGGUUGGCCGUGAGAUUGAUACAGUGGAUCAAGCCGUCGCGAAGAUGGGCGGGGGUACAAAAGACAUGCGGAUAACGGGUUCGGGUUUGUUAGGCGUUUCCGGUUCGUUCAGGAUGGGGAGAGCAGGGGAGGAAGGUGGGGAGCUGGUCGUCAUAAAUCGGUCGCUGUGAAUAGAGGCACGCUGAUGGGACGUACCGGUCGGUCUUGGAGAAUAAGUUGGGGACACUGGAGGUUGACUUUCCUGUGCUCGUGGUGGCGGGUGAUGGGGCCGGUGAUGACUUCGGCUUGACUGGAGCUGGUUUGGCCUGAACAUUGGCGGCCAUACUCUUGACUGCAGUGACUGCAGCGGAGCUUGCGGCAGAGGCCUGCUUGUUCAGAUCGAGUAGCCGGCUGUUCAUCGUGGCACCUCCAGCACGAAUCUGCUGAACAGCGGCGACUGGCUGGCAAGUAUGGCCGUCCCCAGGGAAGCGGUGAGAAGGACAGAAAUCCCGAGUGCAUUUCUGAGGACGAAUCAGUCUAUUGCUCCGAAUGUAAUGAGCUGCAGACAUACGGUGCAUCGGAUGGGAGAGAACAAGGUCUUUCCACACUUCGGUCGGGCGCACACGGGUGUGGUCUUCGCUUUGGCUUUGACCCCGGUCACCACUGCACAAUCCACCAUGAAGUGCGUUUCCAUCACAUCGUUCGGGUCCUGACCCCGGGGAAUCGACAGGACGACGUUGCAGAACGGACAGUUCGGCGCGACUCGGUUGAACUUGGUCUCAUCGUAGGCAGGGCACUUGUGUGUGCUGACCAUGAAGUGGUCCUGGCAGAAUGAGUGGGCACAGUGCUGACAUUUGAAUGGGAGGAAGUCGAUGAGGGAGCAUGAUUCGUGCGAGCACUGGGACCCCACGGAAAGCAUCUGUUCGCUGUUGGAGGACAUCGUAGGAGAGUGAUGGAUAGGGUGGGAGGGAGACUGGGUAUCCGGAAGAAGAAAGCGCGGUGGAAUAAAUAGGGAGCGCUUACGCGUCCCAAUGCCAGAUGGACGGUGCUAGAAAUUGACAGACUCAGAGCAGGUAAGCUGCCAAGGCUGUGCGGUCGAUCGCUUGGUCAGCGCAUCAAAAUCCUCUCGUCAGCACCUCAUGUCCAUGAGCGCCAGUGCGACGCCGACGCCCGUACUGGUGGAGGAAAGCCUUUCAGACUCCACCGAGUUCCUUUCUACAGUCGAGGGAGAAAUCGCCUUUUUUCGAGCCAUUACCCGUGCCCGACCUGUCGGCAUCCACAGACAUUUCCACAUCCUCAACAUCUUCCAGAACAUACACAAAGACACCGGCCAUGCGGUUGCUAUCCAAGCUAUCUGGGACAAACUGCGUACUCUGUACGAUCUGGACGCGCUGGAAACUGUUGACAUCGAGUAUGAGUCCCUCAUGCCGAAUGGCAGCGGAAGACCUGUAAUGAUGCCCUCACCUUCAAUGAACGAUAAUCUCGCUGCACAUCCGUUUUUCCGCGAAGAAUACUCUCUACCCUACGACCAAAGGAUGGAGGAAAUGCUCACCGAGCGGAGGAUACGCAGCACGCCUUCCCCCGUAUCGUCCCCCGCCACACCCGUUACGAAACCACCAGGCCGCACGCGCGCAGGGCGUAAGCGAGGGAAGAGCAAGUUGGAUCUGGCAGGGUUAGUGGGCGGCGAUAGUGACAGCAGCGCUCUGACGCAAGAAAGCGGUGACGAGGGGAUUCCAACGCCACAUGAGAGCAACGCCACGGGUACCGAAGGUGGGGGAACUGAAUUCGGUGGGGACGAGGAUGUCGAAAUGAGGGAUGCGUCUGCCGACCCCAGGGCAACAUCGCCUUCCAGCAAACAAGGGCGUCGGAAAGCUGUUCCGGCUGUACCGAUAGUAGCGCCAGUGCCAACACCUCCAGCUACUCCAGCGACUCCGCCGGUUCCAAUUGUCCCCGUCAAACGACCACGUGGUCGACCGCCGAAGGAUCCCAACGCGCCGCGACCAGCACCGAAGAAGAAAAAGAAAUGAGCAGAUUCUGUACUUUUCUCUACUGUACCUUCACCUAUGUACAUACAUACCCCAUUGGCUCUUGAGCUGUUU